AUGGAAAUGAUAAACAGCAAAUUCAAGGUGGGAAAGGAGAAGUUCCACAAAUCUCAACAUUGGGGCUUUUGCAACAAUGUUAGGAUGCUCGUGAGUGACGAGAAACCUGGAAUAGGUGGAGAACUGCUUUCUGGGCAAAAGCUGAAGCCUAAAUAUAGUAUAUAUCCUAAAGGAAUGGAAUCUGGUAUACCAUCAUGGGUAGCUUUUGACAGACAGGUAUUAUCUUUUGAUGCCUAUCUGGAAGAUGAAGUGCCUGAUAAACGUGAAGAAGACUAUAGAAUAAGAUACUACAAAAUCUACUUCUACCCUGAAGAUGACACAAUUCAAGUCAAUGAACCAGAGAUGAAAAAUAGUGGACUGCCUCAAGGUAUCUACUGAAAGCAGAGUUAUGAUUCUUUCACUUCUAACUCCUGCAUUUAUAGACUUUCUAGCUUUUUAUAAGACCCCAUGAUACUGUUUGGGUGCCUAACUUGU